GUGCCGUUUGCAGUCUGUGCCGUUGUCUGAUAGGAUUGUCAUAAGGAGACGAGGGGACACACUGGUGUAGUCAAGACAGUUAAAGCGAAUGGUGACCUGACAGAGAUGACCGGUGCAGGAUUGUGUUGUGCCAGCCUGGAGGAACCAAAGACCCUGAUGAAGAUGGGUCUGAGCAUGGUCCUCGUUGGCCACGUGAACUUCCUGUUGGGAGCGCUGGUACACGGUGUGGUGCUACGACACAUCAACCUCCACAAGCAGGCCCGGGCCAUGGAGUACGCCAUCUCUAAUGUGGUGGCUAUGACCUCUGGCCUGGUGGGAGUUGUUGUUGGCAUUCUGGCUAUUGUCCUGUCUAAAAACAAGAAGAGUAGAUGCCUGACGUGGUCACUUUUCGCUGUCAGUUUGGCAGCAGCAGUGAUGGCAGCAGCUUCAGCCAUCGGACUCUUGGUGUCUGUGGUGAGGGCCAUCAUUCAUGGCGGGCGGAGCCUGCUGACUCACUGCCGCUUCCCCGAUGCCAUAGGCUACUCCAGCAUCACUAACGAGUGCCCCUUUGACCCCACACGCAUCUAUAGCACCACUCUGAUCCUCUGGGUGCCUCUGAUCGUGACUUGUGUCAUCCAGAUGGUGUUUUCUGCGAGGUGCUUGGCUGUCUGCGUUUCAUUCCUGGGUCUGCCAUGCUGCCCUCACAAGAAGAGACCCAGAGAUUACGGGAGAGCGAUCAAUGUGGUGAGGCCGAUGGAGGAAGCUGCUCCCUCUCGUUACACUGAUUCGCCAAGAAACUACAGUCAACCUCCAGCACGCUAUACUGAACCUCCAAGAAGCAGUCACAAACCUCCAAGACUGAACACCGCACCACCAAAACGGCAGCAACGACCUCCUCCCCCUCCGCAGCAUCCUCCCCGUCAGCACCGGAGUCUUCCUCCCUCGGAGAGGCGGCCUCUUCACCAGCCGCACAGAGAAAGGUCAGGCAGAGAAAGGCCAGAAACGAGGGCUGGCAGCCAGCAAAGGGCACCGGAGGAACACCAGCUGCUGAAGAGGGGCACGAUGGAAAGGUCCAGCUUCUGGAUUUAGCCGUAUUUGACAGGCCAGAGCUUCGUCAAGAAGUAGGGCUGUGAGGCGAUGUACUGAUGCCGCUGCUUCCAACGUUGUGCUCACCAACCACGUUUUCCUGCCUUCAAAGGACUCUGAGACUGAGGAUGUUUUAUUUAGCAAUACAGUGGACCUCAGCUUGAACCCAAUGCAUGAAACUUCUGCUGCUUAGAGCAUCGGUGCUGUGUGUGUGUGUGUGUGGAAUGCCAGAUAUGUGAGUGUGUUUCUGUGUUGACAAGGGCCAAAUUAUUCAUAUCAGGUUCCAAAGAUGAAACUGAUCCUAUGAAGUGGAGACAUGGUGCCAGCUAAGGCUAAGUUUAAAGAAAUGGUUGAGCACUUUGGAAAAUAUGAAUUUCCUCUUUAGGAGUUAAGAUGUGGUUAGCUUGAUGUAGCAUAAAGACCUGAAGUUGAACUAUACUUUAAUGACUCACGUUUACACAUAUAAUGGAGGUAAGGAAUUAGGAAAUGUCCCCACAAAUGAAACACAGUGUGUGUGUGUGUGUGUGUGGAUGUGCCUUCAACCUUUCACCUGCUGUUGCCAAGGCUGAAACUCUGGUUUGUAUUUUUGAAUAAUUGAGGAAAAAGUUUGUGUGCAUUUUUUCUGCAGUUUCAGUCAUCGAAAAGCUAGUUUCAUGAGAAACUUGUGCUGUAAGAUUUUGUAUUUAUUACCCUAAGUAAAUAAAGUUUUUAUUCAAAUGUAUACAACUUUUUCUGUGUGUUUUUAUACCUGAACUCUGUCACUGAAAACGUUUCUUUUUAAUAUGUGGUAAUGCAGCAGCUAUAGUGACCUGACAGGUAUGACUGGUUACACUCAAGUUGCUCAAGUUGACACACUGAAAUGUUGGUACAAACACAUUUCACCCACAUCCUGUCAGGUCUAUGUUAAUAAGGGCCUACAUUGCUCUUUGACAGACUGCAAAUGCAUGACAGCAGCGUUCAACUGUCAGACCAGACAUUAGCCAUGUCCACAAUGAAAUACUGUGCUUCACUCCACACACAUUCUAAACAAGCAGAAAUGAGGAAACAGUCCACACGUGCAGCUUUGAAACACUUAUCGUAUAUUGCGAUCUCAGGUCCAACGAAACAAACAUGACAUCCUCACGUGAGGUUUUCAUGCAACAGAAAAAAUAGGAAGGAAGGAAAGAGAGGUUAGGAGGGCAGAAAGAAGGGGGCGUAUUUAUCCAACACAAGGUACCAGUUUAUCAGAGGCAGUGAGAAUAGAAAAGGGUUGAACUGUAAUAGAUCACGGGGUAGCAACUGUUGUUUCCUUAUCCUACCAGCAGAAGGCAGUGACACUACAGGAUCUCCAAAGCAGAGGUGCGGCUGGUUAGGAAGCUCCUGUGCAAAUGUUUGGUUAAGUUAACCUUAGAUCAGUCUAAUGUCAUGUGGAUGCAGCAUCGCCAGCACAGACUCUCAGGCUCUGAUUGGUAACUCACUUUGCCACCAUUGCACACAAUUCAGUUUGUGAGGUAGUAAAAUGUUGGGCAACACAACAUGUAAAUCACAAUUAGACUGACAUUUCAGACUGAUAUUGGUCUUGUUUAAAAUUUUGAUUUUGUCAGUUAAGUCUGGUACGGUGGAGUUUCCUCUCUGACCUGCGAACAAAAGGUUAUUUUAUUCUCACUUGGCGGACAGAGAAAUCAUCCAGGUGUGAUAAAGUGUUUGGGUUUGAUUCCUCACUUUUCCCAGAGUGUGUAAAUGUCAAUGUCAAUGUCCCAUUUGAGAGGGAUUUCCUAAAACAGUAAGAAUAAAUACUGUAUCUUGUCCAUUGUUCUCUGAGGAGGAGUACAGUAAGGCCAUGGCCAGCUUCGCUAGUUACCAGUGGUGGAGGAAGUAUUCAGUUAGGUAUAAGAAGUAGUACCACACUAUAAAAAGACCCCAUUACAAAUAAAAGUCAUUACACUUACAGAAGUACAGAAAUAUCAGAAAUAAAUAUCAAGUAUCAAAAGUACAAGUACUCAAUAUGCAGAGAUCGACCUUAGUCAGUGUUACAGUAUGACAUUAUUUGAUUAUUAUUGAUGCAUUAAUAUGUAAGCAGGACUUUUAAGUCGUAGUUAGUUCAGGUGGAGCUUAAUUUAAUUUUUAUUACUUUUACUACUUUUGAGUACUUUAAUCUAUACUAAUACAUAUAUUAUGAAGUAAUCAGUUUUUGUGUGUUAAAUCUUAAUCUGAAAAAUAAACUCAAGUUGUCAGAUAAAUGCAGUAAAGUACAAUAUUUGCCUUAAUGUGAUGGAGAAGAAGUAUUAGGUAGCAUACAAUUAAAAUAUUCAAGUAAUGUACUGUAGUAUUGUUCUGAUAUGUGUCCAGUACUUGAGAAAAUGUACUUAGUUACGUUCCACCACUGCUAAAUACACACAUAGAAUUGGUAUCAGCCUAUAAAAUACAGAAAUGCCAGUAUAACAGCAGUGUUUUAUGAUAAAAGAUUCUACUAGUGCUUUUGGAGUGCUCUUCAGUCAAAACCCUUGAGUUUGUCGUGUGUCAUACAAAGACACAUUUUUGAUUGAAAUGAAAAUAGUAUUUUUGUCCCAAACUGUGUCUUCAGUGAUAACAUCAAGGCAACAAGUCCACUAAAUAUGCAGAUUUACUUCAACUGUAAUUUUCUUUUUCAGUCUGCCCAAUGGUUAGCUACUUCACACACUGAAUUUGUAGAGUGUUUGAUCACCAAAAGCAGAAGAUGGCAACAGUGAUCUGGCAAUAGGGGCCUUAAACAGAUGAUAUGAGAGUGGCGCUGGCACUGCUGCAACCAGUGGCUCUGUUUACAUACGUGCACUAUUUCAGAUGGAGGUUUUUAAUGUUUUAUUUAGUCAAGGCUGUGUUUUAAAAGUCUAAUAUCAUACAGUUUAAAGUAGCUUUAAGUCUUACAUUUCAUUAGAAUCAGAGAAGCUGAUUUGAUGCCAUAUCUCCAAGUGUUCUAUGUAAUCCAAAUAUGUUAGAAUAGGUAUCCCAAAUAUUAAAGAUUUCUAUGUGCUAAUAUAAACAUGGCCACUGGUUUCUGUCAGAUUACUACAUAAGUCUGGAAAACCCUGAAAAUCCAAAUCAGAGCAAGCGUCUGAACUUGCUCCUGUCUUGUGAAACAUGUCCCUUCAUUUUACUGCUCUGUAAGCAGACUAAUCCAGGAGGUUAUAAAAGCAUUCAGCUAGAGAGUGAUGAACGAGCCCUUAGUGAGGUUUUUUCCUGUCUGUCAGAGGAAAAGAGAGUGGGGUCAGGGUUUGUCCCAAAGCAAGACAAAUAUUCAGUCAUUUCUGCCUGGUACGGUGCUGAGGAGGCUGCAGAGCUACAAAAAGAUAUACUGCUGUGCGUUAAAUGUUUUUGUGGGUUUUUUUUUCAUUGUCUGGUUCGUAGGAUCAUGCAGUAUAGUGACAGGUUACAACUAUCUUAAGUUUACUGCUCGUUGAUAGAAGAACUUUAAAAUACUUACAAAUUAAGAAACAACACAACAUGGUAAUACUGUAAAAGUUAGCCUCAAGCAUACAGUGCAUAUCCACAUGCACACACACACUUUCAGACCAAAUGCACAGCCAUACUUUAUAAACACAUGGCGGCUCAAACGAUAUGUGCUACUGGUGUCAUUGAUCAAAUGCAUUAUGGGAACUCCUUAUUUCACUAAAGUUUCAUAUUCUUCCACUUAAACAAAACCACAAAUCCCAAAGAGAUCAGCCUUAAUUCACAAUUUCUCUCUCUCUCUGUCACUGUAAACUGGAAUAUGGUCAUCUUAAACAACAUAUCAAAGUAAAAGCACAAUAAUAAGAAUAAAAAUGAAUAAAUAAAACAACAUAAAGGAGGAAAACAAUAUGUACAAAUGAAAAAAAAAACAUUUAAAAUGUUAAAAUCAACAAAAUGCCAGUAGAUAUCCAUAAAAAUCUAAUGGGAUCUUAGGCCUUCUUUUUCUCAAUGAAACAUCAUAUAGCAGUAAAAUCCCAAUAAUCCCCCCCACCCACCUCCAACCCCUCCGAUCACCCAUUCAGAUCAGACCAGGAAGCUACGCUACAUAAUACUGCCUUUCAAUGCCAGAGAGUGUGCACCA